GGAUAUCUCAAUGAACAUGAUAAUCGACAAGAAAGCGAAACCGUGAAACGAGAACAAAAUUUCAAAGUGCUUAAUCACUACAUCGCCCAGAUGCAACUGGAAAUAGACCGUAUCCGUCUUGAAGCCAUCUCCGACAAGCCAGUCUCAAGGGUGACAGACCAGGAGUUGUGUUUAGCAAGACUUAAGGACACAGAUAACAUUUACCACUAUUUUUUAACAUUUGAGAGACUGGCUGAGGCGUACCAGUGGUCUAAAGAAGACUGGGCUAGUUUUCUAAAACCGUUCCUUACUGGUGAGGCCAGAUCUGCAUUUGUUGCAAUGGACCCUGUACACGCACAAGAUUAUGAUUCUGUAAAGAAAGCAAUCCUGAAAAAGUAUGAGAUCAGAGUGGAGACUUUUAGACAGAGAUUCCGUAACCUAAAUACCCCUGUUGAUGAAUCACCACAAGAGCUUUACACCAGGCUGAAAGACUUAUUUUGCAAGUGGGUUAACUAUGACAGCAGUACUAAAAACGAUAUCAUGGAGACUCUUGUGCUGGAGCAGUACCUACAAGUCUUGCACCCAGACGUAAGGACGUGGGUCAAGGAGGGUGAUCCAGCUACUGCUGAAGAAGCUGCUAGUCUUGUUGAGGCAUAUAUCAAAGCCCGUAAAGGAACAGGCAGCUUCUGCUAUGCAGGUGUCCUGGGUUAAACUACAGGAUUCACAUCCCCUGGUCAGAGCUUAGCUGACAAACCCCUACAGACUGCAUUACUGACACAGAGUUCAACCUCAGCUCCCCUUUCUGGUUUUGGUGACAAGUUUAGGGCACCUGCAGGUUCAUGGAUCUGUGGCACUUGCCUGGUACAAAACAUGUCAUCAGAUAAAAAAUGUGUGUUUUGUCUUAAACCGCAACCCAACAUAGAGACUGCUUCUAAAUUGGACAGCAAACCUGCAGAUGCCACGGUCAGCCACCGUUCCAUCUCUGUUUUUCCGGCUGGUAGCUGGGUUUGUGACACAUGCAUGGUCAGGAACAAACCAGAUGUGUUUAAAUGUUUAGUUUGUUACACUGCCAAACCUGGGACUGGUGUAACAUCCAGCACAACUUUACCACCUCCUGCUGAGGUCUCAUCCGUUCUUUCUGCUGCUUCCUCUGCCUCUUCUACAACCACCACCACUUUGGCAGGGACGCCUGCAACUUUGUUUGGAUUCAAGGAACCUGAAGUAAGAUGGGAGUGUGAGGACCAGAAAUGGUUGGAGGAUGAGGAGUGUGAGGACCUGGAAUGGUGGGGGGAUGAGGAGUUUGAGGACCAGAAAUGUGUGGCCUCCCAGUCAGCAAAACCAGAAUCUAAAGUAGAGUCCAAAGGUUGUAGUUCAUCUUUUGGCAUUCAAUCCGACAGUUCAGACUCGAGCUCAGACUCAAGGUUUGGGGGCCUUGUUUUUGGCAAACUGUUGGUAGCUGACACUAAACCAGCUGCCCCAAAAUAUGUGGAGUCUGCUACAACAGAGCCAACGCAGGUGAUGCCUACCUUAACUUUUACAAAAACAAUUAAUAAAGAUACCUCUGUGUCCUCCGGUGCGUUGUUAUUCAGUGCAGCCAAUGAAGCUAAAAAUUUGACACCAUCAUUUGGCUUCUCUUCUGGCAAACAAGGCCCUUCAAAAGAUCUCCCUAAGCCUUCAUUUGCAUUUGUUAAACCUUCUGCAACGGACCCUCCAAAGCCAUCAUUUACUUUAGGGCAGAGUAUUGCAGCUCCUGCUCCCAAUGGCAACCCAUCCCCCUUUGCAUCCCCUGCAUUCGGAGCCAAACUAAGUUUUAUCCCGGUGUUGAGCCAGCAGCCCAACCCUGCACCUACAUUUGGAUCUGCUGCUGCCUCCACAGGCCAAGGAUUUGUGUCCCCUAGUCAGAGUGUAGCUCACAAACCCUUACAGACGGCUUCAUUGACACAGAGUUCAACCUCAGCUCAUCUUUCUGGUUUUAGUGACAAGUUUAAGGCACCUGUAGGCUCAUGGAGCUGUGGCACUUGCCUGGUACAAAACAAGUCAUCAGAUAAAAAAUGCGUAGCUUGUCAAUCAUCACAACCCAACACAGACUCUAAAUCAGACAGUAAACCUGCAGAUGCCACGACGAGCCUCAGUUCUCUCUUUGCCCCUCCGGCCGGUAGCUGGGAUUGUGACACAUGUCUGGUCAGGAACAAACCAGAUGUGGUUAAAUGUGUAGAUUGUGACACGGCCAAACCUGGGACUAGUGUUAAAUCCAGCAUGAAGUUGCCUCCUCUGGCUGAGGUCUCAUCUGGCCUUUCUGCUGCUUCCUUUGCCUCUUCUACAACCACCACCACCACUUUGACAGGGACUGGACUGUUAGGUUUUGGGGACAAAUUUAAGAAGCCAGAGGGAUCUUGGGAUUGCGAUGUGUGCAUGGUUCAGAACAAGGCACGGGAUGUGAAAUGUGUAGCCUGUCAGAGUGCUAAACCAGGAGCUGUAGCUGCAGCAGUCCCAACCCCUGCACCUGCAAGCCCGCCUGCACCUUUGUUAGGAUUCGGAGACAAGUUCAAGAAACCUGAGGGGAGCUGGGAGUGUAAAGUGUGCUGUGUUCAAAAUAAGGCUGUGGACCAGACAUGUUUGGCCUGCCAGUCAGCAAAACCAGAAUCUAAAGUAGAGUCCAAAGACUUGAGCUCAGACUCGAGCUCAGACUCGGGCUCAGACUCGAGCUCAGACUCAAGGUUUGGGGGCCUUGUCUUUGGCAAACUGUUGGUAGCUGACACUAAACCAGCUGCCCCAAAAUAUGUGGAGUCUGCUACAACAGAGCCAACGCAGGUGAUGCCUUCCUUAACUUUUCCAAAAAUAAUUAAUAAAGAUACCUCUGUGUCCUCCGGUGCGUUGUUAUUCAGUGCAGCCAAUGAAGCUAAAAAUUUGACACCAUCAUUUGGCUUCUCUUCUGGCAAACAAGGCCCUUCAAAAGAUCUCCCUUAGCCUUCAUUUGCAUUUGUUAAACCUUCCGCAACGGAACCUCCAAAGCCAUCAUUUACUUUAGGGCAGAGUAUUGCAGGUUGGUGUGACCCAGAUGUUCAGUGUGCAUUUCUUAGGUCUGUGUUUACACUGCUAAAUGUAAAAUUAAAAGAUGACAAAAACUUGUUGUCUCUUUCUUUCAGCUCCUGCUCCCAAUGGCAACCCAUCCCCCUUUGCAUCCCCUGCAUUCGGAGCCAAACUAAGUUUUAUCCCGGUGUUGAGCCAGCAGCCCAACCCUGCACCUACAUUUGGAUCUGCUGCUGCCUCCAAAGG